AUGUCGUCGCACCGACCUAACGCUUUAAACAGCCUGAGAAUGGGAGAGGUUAUCCGCGAGAAAGUUCAGGACGGCAUCACAGGCGAGACCAGAGAUUUGCAAUACACGCAAUGCAAGAUCGUUGGCAAUGGAUCUUUCGGCGUGGUGUUCCAGACCAAGCUUUCUCCUACUGGAGAGGAUGCCGCCAUCAAGCGUGUUCUCCAGGACAAGAGAUUCAAGAACCGUGAGCUCCAAAUUAUGCGAAUUGUCCGCCAUCCGAACAUUGUACAACUGAAGGCCUUCUACUACUCCAACGGUGAACGCCGAGACGAGGUUUACCUCAACCUGGUUCAAGAGUUUGUUCCCGAGACGGUCUAUCGAGCAUCCCGCUUUUUCAACAAGAUGAAGAUCCCCAUGCCUAUUCUGGAAGUUAAGCUGUACAUCUACCAGCUGUUCCGAGCACUUGCCUACAUCCACUCCCAGGGCAUCUGCCAUCGUGACAUCAAGCCUCAAAACCUCCUCUUGGACCCCAACAGCGGAGUUCUCAAGCUCUGUGAUUUCGGCAGCGCGAAGAUCCUGGUUCCGAACGAACCGAACGUGUCGUACAUCUGCUCGCGUUACUAUCGCGCCCCGGAACUUAUUUUCGGUGCUACAAACUACACUACUAAAAUAGAUGUGUGGUCGACUGGAUGCGUCAUGGCCGAGCUCAUGUUGGGGCAACCUCUCUUCCCUGGAGAGUCGGGAAUCGACCAGCUUGUGGAGAUCAUUAAGGUUCUGGGUACUCCCACCCGUGAGCAGAUUCGGACCAUGAACCCGAACUACAUGGAGCACCGAUUCCCACAGAUCAAGCCACAUCCCUUCAAUAAGGUGUUCCGCAAGGCCGAUGCCAAUGCGAUUGAUCUUAUUGCUAAGCUGCUGGAGUACACCCCCACCGAGAGACAAACUGCCAUUGAUGCCAUGGUGCACCCAUUCUUCGACGAACUGCGCGAUCCUGCCACGAAACUGCCCGACUCGAGACAUGGCACCGGACAACUUCGGGACCUACCUGAUUUGUUCGAUUUUUCACGACAUGAACUGUCGAUUGCGCCAUUACUGAACCAGCAACUGGUACCAUCGCAUAUGCGUCCUAUCUUAGUCUCUCGAGGUCUUGAUAUUGACAACUUCACGCCGCUGACCAAGGAAGAAAUGAUGGCAAAGCUCGAUUGA